GCAUCUCUCUUUCUAUCCCUCCCCUUACCUCAUUCCUCAUGUGCAUACAGAGGUGGGUUUAGAUUAAAAGAACAGCUCUGGCCGGGUUAAGGGCGAUUUUGUGUCGACUCAGUGGGAGUGGAAGGAGGAAGGUCAAGAUAAAGGUGAUGGACUGGUGGCACAAAAUGGUCUUCCCUGUUAGAAGAGUUUGGAUUUCUCUUUCUGCCCGUGUUAAGUCUCGCAAGAACGGCGCUGGGCUUUUGAUGCUUCGGGAUGAUAUACAAACGUGUGGAUAUGAGGACGUUCAGGUGAUGUGGGAGAUGCUUAGGAGAACAGAAUCACAGUCGAUUCAACCUAAACGCAAGCAACGACCAUUUUGGAGGAUAUUUGUAUGGUCUAAUCACACUGCUGCCUCAUCUUUAGCCAGAAAUCAAGCCUGAUAUGUACGUGUCUCGAGUUCCAAACUUGAAUAAAGCACCAAGACAAGCAUAAGACGGCCUCAUUAUUCACUAGCCUCUGGCUAACUUUUUAGUGAAUUGAGAGCUGUUGCAAGUGUAAUACCAUACCUGUUUAAUAUGCGGUAUAUGUAUUUCUACUUACCUGUCUGUAUUCCCAGUGAAGGCUACUGGAACUAUGAGCGAUGAAUUCAUCUGUAAAUACGUCGUGUUUUGCCAUGAUCCACAGUCAAAUCAUACUUGGUGAUCUUUUGUCAAGGGUUUGGGAAAUUUGUGGAUAAAAGAUCUAGUACCGGUGUUGUCACUGAAAAUGCAUGUAAAUACGAGAUAUCGGG